UGUCUUGUCUUGUUCUUCUGUGCGUCAAGAGAAUUUGAUUGAUUCCCUCGUCGUGUAGUGUUUUUCGGACGCGCUUUAAUGUCGAUGCUUGCUUGUUGUUGUAUAUUUGACACUUGUAUAUGGAUGACGUGCCAGCUUCGUUCCGCCGUCGUAAUUAUCAUAGUACCGUCGUGUCGUUCCAUCAAUCACUUGCUGAUACUGUCCUUAGAGGCAAUGUCUCGUUUGAUGCCCCUUGGACCUUUUUUUCUUUUUGCUGCCACUGCCUGCUGCUUGUUCAUUUGCCACCGUGUUACAUAGACCACCAAAGUAAAAAGGAUAUUGGCUAAUAUGAAUUCUGGCUUGUUCAAAAAGCUCUGAGCAUUGCUGUCCGUGAUAUCCCUGCUGCAC